UUUCAGCAUGUUAUGUCAACUGCACAACGUGUUUCCAACAAUGUUCCUGUUUCUCGUUGGUCUUGCUUGUCUAACCCUGUCGGUGGUCGUUGCUGAUUAUCAACAUGGUAGAGACGACCUCCUCUACCGAGUGGACAUCUACCUGCCCCCCAAGGAGGGGAGGGACGAGGUUGCAGACAUCCAGAAAAUCCAGCAGACUGUGAAAGGUCUAACUGACAUCAAGGUUUUGUUUGCUUUUAAGGAGCUGGGAAAUGCAAGGAUUGUUCUUGUUCUUGACGUUGAGAAACCAUGCAGCUGGCCCCAGUUGACAGGGUUUCUGUCACGGAAGGGAUAUGUGUUCAACGUCACAUCCCUCUACCUCUGCACUGACUUCGCCCGGGAGCUGGGUAUCACCCUGAACAUCUCUAUGUGGUCACCUUCAUCUGGUAAUGAUGAACUUGCCAUGCUCAAGAAGACAGUUCGUGUGAAAGGCUUGGCAACGGAUGAGUACAACCAAAUGUUGAAAUGGAACUUCGAGAGAGAUAACAUCAUCUUCAAAUCCGGACAGCCUGCCGUAUGCUUCAGAACUCUGGCCUCCUACCCAGUUCAGCUCCUGUACUUCGGCCCAAUCAGCCAGCACGACAUAGAAGAAGUGGAAGAGUUUGUGCAUGCAUCUCGGUGUCAGACUGAAGUGACCCGAGUUGCGGACCUCGAUUACUACACACGGGGAGCUAUGGAUGCAGCUGGAAUAUGAUAAAUCAGAACAAUUGGGACUCAAAUCGAUAUGAUAAUUUAAAAGGUAUGAUGAAUAAAUAUUUGGAUACAUAGAUUUAAAAAAACGAUUGGUUCCAACAUCAGCAAUGUUUAGUACUCAUAUGUGCAAGUAAUUACUUGACAAAAUAAAUUAUGGCAUUCA